AUGGCGAGCAUCAUUAUUCGACAGAAUCCGGGAUCCCUUUACCGACCCGGACGAGGCAACAUUGGCUAUAGCAUUGUCAGCGACGAGAACAAUACCGGAGAACCCGCCUCCCGGGACGACGAUGAUUCUUGGAUGAAAUUUUUGACCGACGAGACGAUCGCCGACCUCACCCUUCCUGGCGCGGAGCUCGAAUCCCCGCCGAGUAACCUCGAUUCCAGCGAUACACUGUCGCUGGGUCCUCAGCCCAACACGCCGGAGGAAGUCGUUGACUCGGUGGAGGCAAUGGACACACAGGGUGGGAUCGACGAAGAGAAUCAGAGAGACGAGGAUGGUGGCCACACUGCCAUCCGGUUCCGAAAUGGACCACUCAACCCCACGUUAAUCGAUGGCGUCCCCCGGAAUCCCAACAAGGUCUUCUCAUCCACUGUGCCGCUUGCCCGGCGCUUGGAACAGAACUCCACGCUAGAAAGCUUCCGAGGCUUCCACGACAACAUGGGUAACCCCGUCUUACAAGAUGACUCUGCGGCCAACCUUCCCGAUCACGCGCCCGGUCUCCCCAAUCACCUCCGUCAACCCAUCUUCGUCGACUGGGCCGAGCCCUUCAAGAGUCCCGUUUACGCUCUCCGUUACCUUGCCGAGAUUGCUGGAGACUAUUACACCGUAGCUCUUCUCAACCAGAGAAUCAAGAUGCAGCAGGGCCCGCAGACCCCGGGUGCUCAGAGCAUCUCGCAGUCGUACCUGGUCUCGCCUGCCAUCUUGCAUAUCGCUUCGCCCAUGCCAGCUCCUAAGCGCCUUCGCUUCAACGACGAUGUCGCUCGCUCCGGUUGA